UGGGACCAAAUGUGGUCUGUCUGUCGAGGCAGACUCCUGCGCACCUGGCAUUGUUCACCUUACCGGCUACCAGGAUUGUCGUUUCAGUGAAAAUAUUCUCUAGAACAGCAGCACCGCGACCCGGAGACUACCGGCCAUGGCCCUGCUCCUCUUAGCUGUGUUGGCCUGCAUUUCAUUCUGUACCGUCAAUGGACAAACUCCAGUCCAAGUUCCUUAUGUUCCUGGGAUCACACCCAACAAUUUCCCUGGGAGGGUCACCACAUCAACAUUCACCCUGAAGCUGCCACUCUGUUAUUUCAGUCAGACUCCGGCAGGCUGCACCGCAGCUCAGUGUGAAAUCUGGCUGGUUGUGGCUCAGGGUGUAGACGGACAAAACAGGUUUGAUUCCGUUAAAGGAGUGCCACUGGAUUUCAAUGUGAACUCCUAUCAGGUUGCUUUAACAUCUGGAAAGAGCUUCUUUAUGACCAAGGUGGGGACUCAGCAAUCCUUUCCAUGUGAUGAACCGACUGCAAUGCAGGUGUUCAGAGUGGGGUCUGACAGCACGUGCGUGGCUGGGCCUCCAACCUGUAAUGGACCUCUUCCUGUCAAUACGGACGCCAGAGUGAAAUAUGUUCUCUAUGAUCCCAUCGCAAGCAAAAAAGUGGAAGCGGAGUCACAGUGGUCACAACCCAUCCUCCUCACAAAGGUGAAGGACCCGGCGAAUAUUGAUGAGUCGUUUGGGAAGCGCUCCGGAGCGAUGGUUGUCAUCACCGCGGUACUGACCUGCUUGACCGCCUUGUUGCUGAUUGGCCUGAUCGCUGCACUCGCCUUGCCCUGUAGUGGCGUCGGACGGGGUAAACAGGACAUUACUGCCCCCACCCCCACCCCCCUGGGCUCCUUGAGGGUGAAGAGGUACAACACCCACAACGUGCACAGCCCGACAAGCUCCACCUCCGUGCCCAACCCGAACAUCUGAGCCACCCCCUCCCAGCCAGCCAUGGAGAGAUGACGUGUACCCUACCAUCACACUGAUCUGCCAUCGCCAUUCCACCAGCCCCACCUUCCCCCUCCGUAUACCGACAGGGGAGUUUAAUUAACUCAGACACAGACCCCCCCCCCCCCCCCCCAUUUUCUUCUAAAGGUGGCUCCACUAUUAAACCAGAUGAGAAGUUCAUUUAGAAUGGUUUCAUUAUCUUGUACUAUUAUUAUUACUGGAAUAUUUUAAUCUGUUCUGUGUGUUGUAUUUUGUUUCUAACCUUGUUUAACCCACACUUCUGUUUGUCCAUGUAAAAAAUAAAGAGAGUGAGGUUUC